UAGAUAGUACUCAUCAUUCUAUAGACUAACGAAGUAUCAUUUUUUUUAUUAAUCCAAUAUAAGUUCAAAAGACAAAGUUGUUUUCAUUGAUUUGGAUUAUUGAUUUUGUACAUCUUAAAUCAACAGUUAUAAUAACAGUCACAUAGAAAAUAAUAAUACAUUCCUAAUCAAAGUUAUGUUUGUGAAUAAAAUGUUCUAGGAAUCUUCUUGAUUGUGAUGUAUUUUCAAAAUCAGAUCCCAUGUGUGUAACAUAUAUGAAAACUCUUGAUAUAGGAGAUUGGCAUGAAAUUAGUCGCACUGAGACAAUCAGUAACAAUUUAAAUCCUGAUUUUGUGAAAAAGGUUAAUUUAGAAUAUCGUUUUGAGGAACAACAGUGGCUCAGGUUUGCUGUGUACGAUGUUGAUACACCAAACCCAAAUUUAGAUGAACAGGAUUUUCUAGGGUAUUGUGAAUGCACUUUGGGGCAGGUAGUGUCUUCGGGAAAGCUUGUUUUACCAUUACAAGGAACAUCUUACAAUAGAGGAGAACUUAUUGUAAGAGUAGAAGAAUUGGCACAGUGCAGAGAUGAAGUUACUCUCCAGUUUUGUGGGCGAGAACUUGAUCGCAAAGACUGGUUUGGCUUAUCGGAUCCAUUUUUAGAAUUCCAUAAAGUCAAUGAAAGUGGAGAAUAUGUUUUGGCACAUCGAACUGAAGUAAUUAAAUGGACCUUGAACCCAACAUGGAAACCAUUUAUCAUCCCUGUAAGAUCACUUUGUGGAGGCGAUAUGGAACGGUCGAUAAAAAUAAUGUGCUAUGACUGGAACCGUAGUGGAAGCCAUAGCUUCAUUGGUGAAUUUUUUGUUACACUUAACGAGCUGAGCGUUGGUCCAGGGCAAGACACUGUUUUUCAGUGCAUUAAUCCUAAUAAAAAGCGAAAAAAAGCAUCAUACAAACAUUCUGGAGAAAUCAUUUUACUAAAAUAUGAUUAUAAAAAGGUUUAUUCUUUUCUUGAUUAUAUUAGAGGUGGAACUCAGCUUCAUUGUACUAUAGCUAUUGAUUUUACUGGAUCCAAUGGAGAUCCUCAGGCCCCUGAUUCAUUGCAUUACUUUGGUUCUCCUAUACCUAAUCAGUAUGAACAAGCGCUCACUGCAGUGGGAGAAAUUAUACAAGAUUAUGAUUCAGAUAAGAUGUUUCCUGUACUUGGAUUUGGUGCUCGCUUGCCCCCUGAUGGACAUGUUUCUCAUGAGUUUUUUGUAAACAUGAAUCCCAACAAUCCUUACUGUGUUGGUGUAACAGGUGUGAUAGAAGCUUAUAAGAGUUGCAUCCGGCAAAUACAACUUUAUGGGCCUACAAAUUUCAGUCCUGUAAUUAAUCAUGUGGCAAAAUUUGCUAAGACCUAUCAAGAUGGUUCGCAAUAUUUUAUCCUUUUGAUUAUUACAGAUGGUGUCAUUACUGAUAUGAUACGAACUAAACAGGCCAUCAUUCAAGCUUCAUCUCUUCCAAUGUCCAUAAUUAUUGUAGGUGUGGGAAACGCUGACUUUUCUGCUAUGGACGAACUAGAUGCUGAUACUGUUCCUCUUGUUCAUAAUGGCAUUCAAGCUGUUCGAGAUAUUGUUCAGUUUGUUCCUUUCCGCAACUUUCAAAGCCUAAAUAAUGUUAGUAAGGCUAAAGCUUACUUAGCCAAGGAAGUACUUGCUGAAAUUCCUGAACAAAUAGUGUCAUUUAUGAAAAGUCAUAGUGUUGUACCAAAAAACCUGAAUGGAAUGGGAGAUGGACCUAACAUGUAGCACAGAGUCUCUUUCUGGAAUUCCUCAAUUAUCUCUCUUGUUAUUGCAUAAAAAAAAGCAAACAGAAAACAGAUGAGCUUAUUGCUCUUGUUCAUACACACAUAGAUCAUUCUCCUGCUGUAUGGAGAAUUUCUGGUGCUCGAAAAAUCUUGCUUUUUUCUGUAUUCAGCAAUAUAAAAAAAGAAAAAAGCAUGAUUAAAAUUUAUACAAAUGUUAAGGCUGAAUUCCUAUUAAAAAUGCUCUGAUGAUGCAGUGCAGGAAAUUUUCAUGCAAGGUGUGAAUUUUCUAAAACUGUCCACGACUCAUGUUCUUCACAUUUAUAUUUGACUAAAUAAGGUUCACAAAUUAAUUACAUGCAACAUAAUGUAGUAAUGAACCAGUCAACGAGAUAAUGAGUGAUAUUUAAUGGUAUAUAUAUUUAAAAAGAACAUAAAUUAGAUGUUCAGAAUUUAUUUAAAUGAGGUCUGCAUGAAUGGUUGCAGCAUAUUGAUAUGGGUGAUAGGUAAAUUAAACAGGAAGCAUUAACUUAUAGUGACUGCUUCCUUCUACAAAAGUUCCAUGCUAGUUUACUGUAUGUCAUUAAAAACUUCUAAAAGUUUGUGAGUGGUUGUAUUAACUUACAAUAGGUGAAAUCUUGAAUUGGUGAAUUAAUAAUAUUGAAGUAUGUAAAUUAUGAUUCAAAUUGUUUGUAUGAAUUGUUUUUUUGCUAACAGGUAGCUAAAACUUUGUUGGAUCAUAAGAAAAAUCCCAAUAACACAUUUUGCUUUGCAAUUGUAAUUUAUGCAGGCCUAAUUUAAAUAUCCUCAAGAAAUAUGUAUUAUUUGACAUGAAUUCAGAGGCAGCACAUGUUGAAAAUAUUGGAUGUAAUUAGUAACGCAGCUCUUUAACAUAUUUUUGCCCAUCUGUAAACUAAUAUUGGAAAGCCUCCUUCCAAAUGUUUGACAGUGACGUGCGUGUAAAAGUUCAAAGCAAAGUUUGACAUCACAAGCCUGUAUUAAGGGGAAAAAUUAGGUUUUUUAUUCAAUAUUGGAUUUUUUUAAAUAAAUAAACUGCUUUCAUUUCUGGUUUGGUAGAAUAAUCAUUCAAAUGACAAUUAUAGAUACAAAUUUUAAAUACCAAUAAUUAAGGUCCAAUGAAAUUAUCUUCAAAUUUUCAAUGAAGAACUUUUGAGUAGUUGCACAUGCCUGAUCCACUCGAGGCUUAAUAAACAAGAGACAAAUGAAUCAUUGAAUAUAAAAUGUUUUUAUUGGUUUUAUAAAAUUGACUUGAUACUCUUCUUGAAAACGUUACAAUAGCAUACAAUAUAAUAUGUUUCUGAAAAGUAGGGUAUUGGGAAAAAAGGAUUCUCUUCUCAUAUUACUGCACCUCCAAAGUAAAGGAAAGCAACUUUUUUUUUGCAAUUAACAAAACUAGCUCGAGCUCUUUGCAUCUUUCACAUGUUCGAAUGCAGCUGUGCCAAUUACCUUAAGCCAAUUAUAUAAAAUAGAGCCUGUUUAUUUUUAUGGAUGAGUGUUCAAUCCAUCACAGAGAGAUUUUAGAGGAUGCUUUGCUUUAUAGAAACAACUUGUCUGUAAUUUAUAUAAUUAUAAGUAAUUUAUAAUCAAAACUAGAGAUAUUUUGAUUUUAGUCAACCAUAAAAAAGUGGUACUUAAUUUAUUUUUUUAUAAAACAUAUUUUUAAUAUCUGUGCAAUGAGUUUCUUCCCCUUUGUGCUCCACAAGUAUAAAGCUGAAGGUUGAAGAAGAGUUCUUAUAAGACUGAAACUGGAAAUACUAAGUUAGUGUAGUUGCUUUGAAUUGUUUGCUGACAAAUAUAAUAAGUAGUAUUUGGUUAUGAAUAAGAAAAUCUAUAUUAUGUUAAUAAUAAUAAUAAUAUAUUCAUGUUACAUAAAAUUAUGAAUGAGGAAAGGAAAAUCCAAAGAGCUGCAUCAAACAAGUCAGCAAAUUACAUGUGUUUUAAGUUGUACACAUCUUUUGAGACAUUGAUUUGAAGUUGCUGUUAUAAGUACAUGCCAAUUUAUGUUGUUGUUUUUUUUAAUAGUACAAUUUGUAGUUUUACAUUUUAAUAAGUGUUAUUAAUUAUUUGAGAAGAAAUUUUAAUUAGAAUUAACAUUAACUAUUUUAUACAUCACAAGUGAGGCAAAUUGACUUUGAAAGUUUUCUUGACAAUGUUUUGGCUCUUAUGUGAAUUGAAUAAGUCAUGACUUAUUGAUAUGAAGGAAAUAUUUUGAAAAAAUACAUGUUAACUAAAAACAAUUGAUGUAAAUCUUAUAUAGGAAAUACAUUUCAUUGAAUAUAGGUAAUGCAUUUAAUGAAGGGUAAAAGUGCCAAACUUGAGGAAUUGAAUUCAGUGCAGUAUUGAAAGUAGUCAAUUAAUGUUCCUAAAAAGGAAAAGGAAGGAGAAAGGAAACAGAUGGGAUUAUAAAUUUUCAUAAAUUAUUAAACUGAAUAUUUUCUUGAGUAAUGCAAGUCUUUCACAUGUGUGCUGCACAAAUUUUUGGAACAAAAUUACAUUCACAUUCACUGGUAAGGAAUUCAAUCCUUGCAUUGCAUGCAAUUGUUAUUUUGUUUCAUAACCUUAUUAUGUUCAAUGGUGCUAGUAUGGAGCUAUUGAAGCCAUGAAUUAAUUUAAAAAGCUUUCCAUUUUAUACAUUGUUCUUGGAAUGCAUUGGAAACAUUCCUCACGAAAUAUACUUGUCCUAAUACUGUCUAAACUACUAAAAACAAAUUCCAAUUUUGUCCUCUGACAUUGUGUUCAUUUUUCUAAAACUUAUAGGUAGUCGAUACAAACAUACUAUAUUUUAUAUACAAUUCUGCUUUCUGCUGUAGGUGUUCAGAAUAUUAAUGUAAAAGUUUAUCAUAAAUUUUCAACAUUCUCUGAAAAUAUGAUUCUUUUCAUUUAAAAUUAUCAGAUUGCUUUUCUCUAUUAAUACAAUGACAAUUACUUGUUGCAUGUUUCUUACAUAUUAUGCACAUUCACCAAGGUUUAACUGAGUGUCCACUUUCACGAGUGUUGAAAAAAAAAAAGUACAAAAGAAAAUUUCUGCAAUUGUAUUCAAGAUAUCUGCAUUAGAGAUGUACUUAUCUGGAUGCCAAAUGUUAAGCAACUUAGUAAAAUAUAUUUGUUUUUGACCAAUAUUCUGUUAUGUUAUUAGGAAUUUAAUGACAAAGAUUUAAAAUAAUUUGCAGGCUCUAAACAGCGUGUGUUUGAACCGAUUUGAAUUUGUUUUAUUUUGUAUGUGUGUGUAAAUUUAGAACUGCAAACUUGAAUAUAGUUUGGUAAUCCAGAUAAUUAAUACUCUAUUGUUCAUCGGUCAUAUUUUUUCAUUUCUAAAAUUUUAUGUGUUGUUAUUGUAUAUUAGUAACAGUCUAUAUUUGUUGAUGAAAUAAACUCAGGUACCUAUUAUACAAAAAUUGAUCUUGAGUUUAAUGGCACUACCUUCCAAUCCCAUUCAAG